GGCGCGCAGGCGCAGUGCGGGCGGCGGCCGGCGAGGGGCGCAGCGGCGCGGGGGCGGUGCCGGGGUCGGUGGCGGCGAGAGGGGCUCCGCCGGGAAGAUGGACGAGUUCCAGGCGGCAGAGGAGGCUUCCUUUCUUGUUGAUGAAGUCAGCAGCAUCAUUAAAGAGGCCAUAGAGGGUGCCAUUGGUGGCAAUGCCUACCAGCACAGCAGAGUGAACCAGUGGACAACAAGCGUGGUGGAACAAACCCUGAGCCAGCUCACAAAGCUGGGGAAGCCCUUCAAGUACAUCGUGACCUGUGUGAUUAUGCAAAAGAAUGGUGCUGGGCUACAUACAGCAAGCUCUUGCUUCUGGGACAACUCCAGUGAUGGAACCUGCACUGUGAGAUGGGAGAAUAAGACCAUGUACUGUAUUGUCAGUGCCUUUGGACUUGCAAUAUAAUUGCCUUCAUUCUUCUCUUUUCUAUUUCAGCACUUGAUUCCAUCUCCACUCAAACUGUGAAUACCUGAACUUGUUUUUAAUGCAUUUUUUUAGUAACUUUUCUUCAAAGGUAGAAAUUUGAAAACAUGCUGUUACCUGUUUUAUGUUUGUACCUAGUACCAUUCCAGUGUUUUCUAUACUUUUUUAUCACUUAAAAACUUCUCUUCAAGGUGCUAAUACUGAAAUCUGCUGCAGUGUAAACACUUGCUCUGGAAUUCUUUUCUUAGACCAAUAUAAAUGAGACACUGACUUUCACACUUUGUACUUUUGGUUAGCAUUAAAUUAUUGAAAUUCAUAA